AGCUUAAGGUACAAUUUCCUCAAGUUUUUGAAGCAAAGCGGGCCGAAGAAGGCGAAAAUAAUGAGCGCCAAAAAUCAGGAGCUCCAUUUUUUGGUGCCGUUUUUGAUGAAUGAAAGUGCGAGUGCAAGCCAUGAGGUGCAUCAUGGGGAUGCAGAUAUUUCGGAUGAUGCAGAAGAAACUACUUCGGCUGUGUCAUCCGGAUUGGAACCCCCAUUUUCACCAGGGACCAAGAAGUCGGACUUCAUGAUCGAAAUUGUUGCCGACAUGAAGCCGCUAACCCUGGUGGAAAAAAAGCAGCUCAAAGACCUGAUUUUGUUGGUCGCGCUGCAGCAAAAAACUGCAAAUGAACUAUUGAUAGACGAAGAGCCACCAGCAGCAUCUUCACCAUCUUCGCCACCACUGUCACCAACCACAUGGCUGACCUUGGAGCUUGGGACAGGAAUGAUGUGAAAAUCAAAAUACUAAUGUAUUUAAAUAAUUUUAUAUUUAAAUAUAAAAACAAACCAAAUAAAAAAUAAAAAACAAUAAACAUUUUUGUAUUAAUUUAACGACAUUGUAUAUACAUUAAAU